AUGAGGGGAGACGCUCCACAAAGAGGCAUGAAGACCACAUGUCUGUGGGCGGCUGCUGUGCUGCUGUCAGUCAUCUCUCUGGUUACCAGUGCUGAUUCACCAAAUUCAGGAAAUUCAGACUUGAGAGCGAGCUCAAAACCCAAAGUGAAGACCUACUGGACUGAAAGCAGCAAGGCCUUCUCCAUCAGCCGCCUGCUGUCCCAGACCCUCUAUGGCAAAGAGAACUUCACCUCUCUGGAUCUGAACUAUGACGACGCAGACUCGUACACUAAACGGGAGCAGUGGAACUGGCUUUACAACACUUCAAACCCCCGCGAUCCUCGAUCCAGGACAAAAAGGAGGCCCAUUGUCAAGACCGGCAAGUUCAAGAAGAUGUUCGGUUGGGGCGACUUCCAUUCCAACAUCAAGACGGUGAAGCUCAACCUUCUCAUUACCGGUAAAAUCGUGGAUCACGGCAACGGGACAUUCAGCGUCUACUUCCGCCACAACUCAACUGGUCAGGGCAACGUGUCCGUGGGCCUCGUUCCACCGACAAAAGCUGUGGAGUUCCAGGUCCACCAGCAGCACCAGCAGUACCACCACCAUCACCACCAGCAGCAGCAGCAGCAGCAGCAGACGGCUCUGGAGACCAAGGACACCAAACUGUUCAACUGCAGGGUGGAGUACGAGAAGGUGGAGAAGGGCACCAGGAACUCACUGUGUGCCCACGACCCCUCGCAGAGCUGCCCGCAGGAGCAGACCCAGAGCCACGUGUCCUGGUUGUGCUCCAAGCCCUUUAAAGUCAUCUGCAUCUUCAUCACCUUCUACAGCACCGACUACAAGCUGGUGCAGAAGGUGUGUCCAGAUUACAACUACCACAGUGACACCCCCUACCUCCCCACCGGGUGA